AAAUCCUCACAUCUAAAAUGGCUCCCAUUCACGAAGGAAAAUCAAAAUGGGACGAUGUUCCUAAUCCUUGUUUGAUGGUAGGACCUGGCUAUACCCUUAAGACGGGGGAAGCACCUAUCCAUCCGUUGAAACCCACCGAAGUCCGGCUUCAAGUCAAGUGCACCGGAAUCUGUGGUUCCGACAUUCACUUGUGGAAGAAAGGGGGAAUUGGUGAUUUGGUUAUAACGGAAGAUUUGAUCAUCGGCCACGAAGCGUCGGGCCAAAUCCUCGAGAUUGGUCUGCAAGUUAGUAACACGACGUUGAAGGUCGGUGACCGGGUGGCCAUUGAGCCCCAAGUUCCUUGUGGAUCGUGCUACUUGUGUAUGAACGGGAACUACAAUUUGUGUGAGUCUGUGGACUUUUUGGGGAUGCCCCCCACCAAUGGGUCGAUCCAGCGGUUUUUGAACUUGGACUCCAAAUUCGUCCACAAGUUGCCAGAGGGUGUUUCGUACGAAGAAGGUGCGUUAGCUGAGGUGGUGUCGGUGGGCUACCAUGGAAUUGAGAAGGCUGGAGGUUUACCCCUCGGAAAGCCUGCUAUGGUAGCUGGUUGCGGACCUAUUGGAUUGGCGACUUUGCUUUUGGCAGACAUUUCUGGAGCCUACCCUAUUGUGGCAACCGAUGUCAACGCCGAGAGAUUGGAGUUUGCAAAGAAAUUAGUUCCGGGGGUAUUCACCUACCAGAUCAAUCCAUCUUUGACCACCAAGGAAAAUGCAGCUGCAAUUCGUAAGAUUUUUGGUGAAACUGAAUACCAGAUGCCUUCCACCGUGUUGGAGUGUACCGGAGUUGCGUCUUCCAUCAACACCUGUGGGUACACCGUGAGAAGAAACGGGAAGUUGGUGAUUGUGGGAGUUUCAUCCUCGAAUGAAAUCGAUGCUUUCCCAUUUAUGCCCUUAUCUUUUGGUGAAGUAGAUGUGAAGUUCGUUAACCGGUACCACGACUCGUGGCCUCCGGUGCUUAACUUGAUUCAGAGUGGGAAAUUGAAGAAGAUCAACGAGUUCAUUACUCACAAGGUGAAAUUGGAGGAUGCUGCGCAGGCACCUGCGAUUGUGUUUGAUCCCAAGACUCCUAGUAUGAAGGUGUUUGUGGUUGAUGAGAUGGAGUUGAACUAGUGGGGUUGAAGUUGUACUUGUACGGCUUAUUUGCAUGAAUUAAUGAUUUACGUUGUAUAGUUGAGCAUAUUAAUACAGAGGUAGAUUGAAAGGGUA